CACUACAGCACACACUAAGUCACGGAGAUGACCGGCCAGAGUAACCCCAGGUUCCGCCUCCUGAUUGGCUGGUGCUGCCUGAUGAGCUCAGCUCUUUUGACGAUGACAGUAUAUCUCGCGACAAGUUCGAUCAAACAGUCUGAAACAAACACGACAACAUCUGGACAUCUUAAUUCAGCAGGACUUCAAGAAAAGAGAGUCCAAAAUUCAGAACUUCCAGCUCUGGAUGUUUACGACUAUAUCCGUCUGCUCAAAGAUAAGGAAAAAAUCUGGAUAUGCACUCAACCAUGCGAGAGCAAAACGCUUAAACUGAACAACAGCAGUGUUGAAAUUGCAAAAUCUGGCCUGUACCAUAUCCAUGCUCAGGUCAGCUUUAAGAGACAAGAGAAGACGCAGGAAACAAAGAAGACUUCACAAAAAAAUACUAUUAAUUUAAUCAAGAACAAAGGUCUCGGCGCACAGAAAAAGUUGAGUGAGGUAAUCAGCUUUGAACCAGGAACAUUGAGACUGAUCCGGCUGGUCAAGCUGAAAGAGGGAGACAGCAUCAGCUUGGAUAUAACUCAAUCCAUGAGCAUAUUAGAAGAUGAGUACCACACUUACUGGGAAAUUAUCUUGCUUAAUGAAAAAUAACAGGUCAGGUUUUUAUAAGGGGAUGUAAAGUGCAAACCUUGGUUUUAAAGGAACAGUUUGGUGCCCCUUAAAGAAUUAUAAGACCCACUUUUACAUUUUGAAAUGUUUAAAUCAAAACCCAUCUCUAGUCAAGUGAAUCGAACGAAGGAUUAAAAGUCUAUUUCUCUAUUUAUAUUUAUAAAAGUAAAAUGGCUGAAGAUGAUGGUGUGGUUAAGUUCUCAAGCCCAUUAUUGGGUUUAAAAAAAUCUUAUUUUUAU